CAACAGCAGGUCGCGACGUCGCUGUCAACUACUGGAUUGGCCGGAGUGAGUGCACAGGUACUAGGAGGAGAGACGCCGAGCGUACGCUGCACCGAGAACCCACUUUCAGGAACAUUCUGCGAGUUUGCCGCUUAAUUUAUCUGUCUCCAUAGGCGACAAGUGUCAUUCUGUGAGACGAGGACGGACGUGGAAGAGAUUUACGGAGAAUAAUACAUUAAAACAGCGCAGCUGAGGCGUUCAGGUUCCAGAGUCCCUCACUUCAACAUGGCUACAACGACCUGCACCAGGUUCACUGAUGAGUACCAGCUGUACGAAGAGCUCGGAAAAGGUGCCUUCUCUGUGGUAAGGAGGUGCAUGAAGAUUUCCACCGGCCAAGAAUACGCUGCCAAAAUAAUUAAUACCAAGAAGUUGUCUGCCAGGGACCACCAGAAGCUGGAGCGCGAAGCCAGGAUCUGUCGCCUUUUGAAGCAUGCCAACAUUGUGCGCCUCCAUGACAGCAUAUCAGAAGAAGGAUUCCAUUACCUGGUUUUUGACUUAGUGACCGGUGGUGAGCUGUUUGAGGACAUCGUUGCCAGGGAGUACUACAGUGAGGCUGAUGCCAGCCAUUGCAUUCAGCAGAUCCUCGAGGCUGUGCUUCACUGCCACCAGAUGGGCGUGGUCCACCGCGACCUUAAGCCGGAAAAUUUGCUGCUAGCUAGCAAGCUAAAGGGUGCAGCUGUUAAACUGGCAGACUUUGGGCUGGCCAUUGAAGUACAGGGAGAGCAGCAGGCAUGGUUUGGUUUUGCUGGGACACCUGGGUACUUGUCUCCAGAGGUCCUGAGGAAAGAUCCCUAUGGCAAGCCUGUGGACAUGUGGGCCUGUGGUGUGAUCCUCUACAUCCUCCUGGUGGGAUAUCCUCCAUUCUGGGAUGAAGACCAGCACAGGCUCUACCAACAGAUUAAAGCCGGAGCCUAUGAUUUCCCAUCCCCAGAGUGGGACACAGUGACUCCAGAGGCCAAAGAUCUGAUCAACAAGAUGCUGACCAUUAAUCCAGCCAAGAGAGUCACGGCCACAGACGCACUCAAACAUCCAUGGAUAUGCCAACGCUCCACCGUGGCAUCCAUGAUGCACAGGCAGGAGACGGUAGAGUGUCUGAAGAAAUUCAACGCCAGAAGGAAACUCAAGGGUGCCAUAUUGACUACAAUGCUGGCUACUCGCAACUUUUCAGCAGCCAGAAGCCUGCUGCAAAAAAAAACGGAUGGUGUCAAAAUCAACAACAAGGCCAAUGUGGUCACCAGCCCCAAAGAGCCUGUCCCCACUCCUGCUCUGGAGCCACAAACCACAGUUAUCCACAACCCAGCUGACGGAAACAAGGAGUCCAGUGAGAGCGCUAACACUACCAUUGAGGACGAGGACGUGAGAGCUCGCAAGCAGGAGAUCAUCAAGGUCACGGAGCAGCUGAUCGAGGCCAUCAACAAUGGAGACUUUGAGGCCUACACGAAGAUAUGUGAUCCUGGCCUCACGUCCUUCGAGCCUGAAGCCCUGGGGAACCUGGUGGAGGGAACUGACUUUCACCGUUUCUACUUCGAGAACGCUCUGUCCAAAGCGAAGCAGCCCAUACACACCAUCCUGCUCAACCCUCACGUCCACCUGAUCGGCGAGGAAGCCGCCUGCAUCGCCUACAUCCGCCUCACCCAGUAUGUGGACUUCAACGGCAUGCCUCGCACCAUGCAGUCGGAGGAGACUCGCAUCUGGCACCGUCGUGACAGCAAGUGGCAGAACAUCCACUUCCACCGCUCCGGCUCACCCACUGUGCCCACCAAGUAAGCUGAAAUGCUCUGGGACCACCAACAUCCUCCAGCCUACAGCUGUCAGCUGACUAGACCCCGCCCACCACGUAUCCAUCCAUCCCAAGCCCCGCCCAUAUCAGCUAGAACUCAGCCCCUCUCAGUGUGUUGUUUACAUAUCGUCGCUGCUGGACCGAUGGAUAUUGUAUGUCGGGAAUUUUAAAGAAAAAUAAAAUAGGGAGAAAAAUAAUAAAAAUUCACAUCGUAGUGAGUGUGCGUAAUAUUACGUCCAUGUUUUACUACACGGUUUACACAGUUCUAUAUACAAACAGAGUUCUAUAUACAAACACCACGUUUUAAAUAGAAGUGUUCCUUCUGUCGUUUCUUUUUUUCCGACACGUGAAGCUCUCGGUUGCCAUGUAGUGAGACGUUACUUCGUUUGAAUAAUGUUAAGGACUAAAAUGUUUUGAAAUAUGAUGUUUUCACCUUUUAACCUAAUGACCAAUAGAUGCUAUAUCUGCAUUUUUACCGGUGUUUUUUUUUUUUUUUCCAAAUGGCCCUAUACAGAGGUCAGACACGGGCUUGCUAUGUUUGGUGAUGUGUAAGUGCUGGUUAUAGAUGUAAAGCUCUCUCUUUCUCUAGUUGCUUGCAGUAUCUUUAUGAAGUGAGUUGGCUAAUUCGUAGGUUAACUAAAAAUCUUUAGGGUUCAAAUGUAAGAGUGAAAGUCAAAGUAAAUGUCACUUUUACUCGAUGUGUUCAGACCGCCGUCGUCACACAGUAGCAGGUGAGGAGGCUAACGAUAGAAUACAAACUUUAAUUACAGUAACGUACGUCUUUUAAAAUAACAUCCACUUCAGUUGUGUUAGCUUACAGCUCAUAGCUAACGAUUUUAAUGAUUUUUUUUUUCUUUCUUUCAUUUCUGUUUUAUAUAUCGUGAUUCCGACGAUCUUCCAUUUUUUGGCAUUUCCCUGAUUGGCAACGACUCCCUUAUUGCUUUAUUUUAACCUAUAGUAAAAAAUAUUUCUAUUCUACAUUUUACACUGGUGGAUACUGACACAGAAAAUCUGUUUUCUACACACGUAUAUAAAAACAUUACGUUACAUUAGCAUCUUAGUAGAUGAAUCUGGCUGAAGCUAAUCCUUUAGAAUCUUAUCUACGUAUUGAUAGGUCUACAAUUGUGUGUUUUUUUUUGGGGGGGGGGGUUAAAAGCAAACACGAUACUUUGGUCCUAGGACUAAGAAAGAAACUGGUCACAUUCAAUUGGGAUUACUGGUGAUUUGUUUUUUUUUUUGUUUUUUUAAUAUUAUGACAUACACGUGACAUCACAAUUGCUCCACGCCACAUUUUAUUUACUGUAUAUUUUCAAAAUGUUAGUUGCAAUCCUUGGUGAGAUGCUGAUUUAUAAUGUUACUAAAAUGGUAGAAAUAUGAGAAUUAUGAAAAUUAAAUGUUUGAUUUACGACAAAG